AUGCCAGAUCGUUGUCGUCUUGUGUGGAUAUUAGAGAUAAGGGUAGACGCCAGGCAACAACACGUUUGGAGGCUCACUAACCACAACACAGGAGGGGCAUUAUCUAUAAUGGGGAAGAUGUUCUCAUUUGACCUGAUCAAGAUUUGUUCCACUUGGUUUCAUGAUUAUCGUCCUUUUCAGCUCCUCCAUCUUAUGGUAGUUUCCAAGAAUGGUAUGUGCGAUGGAGAAGGAGGUAAACCUCCGUUUACACCGGUCAACCUCGUCAAGAAGUAUUGCGAACGCUGGCCACUCCUCUGGCGUAGACACCAUCUUCACCACAUCAGAGCAAUCCGUCUCGAAACGCGUUAA